CCACCAUGCUUCCACCACGGAUGGACCUUCCAUUGUGUUUUUUUAAAUUACCCGCGCUGCGUGCGUGAGUUCCCGCGAUAUUUCGGAGCGACAGCGCCCCCUUGUUUGUGUGUGAAAAAACGACGGGAGGUAUGAGGGAUACUCCGCGGCUAACGAUAGCAAAUAGGGAUUUAAUUCACUUUCGGUCCGCUGCUGGCACUCUGAGGGUCUACCGAAAGCUGCAGGCGGACGCAUUAGCACCUAAACCCUCGCUUCUCGCUGCUUACACCGGCACCGAGGCGAGCGGCGCGAACGGCAGAGCCCCGCUAAUCCCGAGAAGAGGCGGAGCGGCCUUGCUUUUGUAGCCGGCUUCCCGGUGCAGCUAAGGCGGGUUAGCACUGUCACGAGAGCCCGGUGCUCCCCCGGUGGUUUGUUUCUCUCCGCGCCGACACAAGCGUCGGAGCUUGGACAUAAUUUUUGCUGUAAUACACCCAGCCUCGCCAUCACCUAUCCGGCUUCUCGUCGACGUGCAGCUGUCGGCGUUUCUCCCCGAGGAAGGAGCUUCUCAAGACGGGGCGGCCUGUUUUGUUGUCGAGCCGCCUUGAAUCUCCGGCGAACAAUAACACAACCAUAACGAGCCUCUGUGUGUGUCUGUGUGGUUUAAUAUAACAACAAUAAGAACAAUAAUAAUAAUAAAUGCAUUGUGUGAUAACGGCUCUGGCAUGGACGUGAGAACCAGAGGCGAGCAUGCGUGCGGACUGUGGAUGUAUCGUGGCCGGGAGAGCAGCGUCGCAGAGCGGGGCACUUUGUCACGAAAGCCGCUGUUUGAGUUCCGGAGCUAAGCAGCAGCAGACGAUGCUUUGUUCAACCACAACUCACGGAUUGUAUGGAAACACACUCGGAUGAAGCUUUUUUUUAUAUAUAUAUUCAUAUAUAUUCAUUUAUACAUGUGCAUGCUCGGCCCUGCUUCUUAAUAAUCUGCAAGACUUGAGGAUGGAGGAGUGGAUGUGAUUUUUCUUGUUUUUGUUGUUGUUGUUGUUGUGGGAUGAGUAACCUGGACUGCUCCCGGCGCAGGCUGCUGUAUAUGUGAGGUUAACACCUGCACCUACUGCACCUGAAGGCGGGGCUGCACCUGCUGCACCUGCUUGCACCUUUGUGACUUUUUAACUUUAAAUACACCUUAAACCGGGGGACUGGUGGUGGUGGUGGUGGUGGUGGUGGUGGAGGUGCACACCCUCUCCUCCUCCUCCCCUCCUCCUCCCUCCUCCUCCUCCAUCCCUCCCCGGAGAGGGGGGGGGACCAGGCAGCUGAGAUGAACCCGGUGAACGCGACCUCUCUCUACGUGUCCGCGAGUCGAUCGGUGCUGCAGUGCGACCCUCGAGACCCCCGGGCCCUCGCGGAGCUCUGCAAGCUGCUGCCGUUUUUCCGCCAGUCCCUGUCCUGCCUGGUGUGCGGUAACCUCCUGCAGGACCCCAUCGCUCCCACCGACUCGUCAUGUCAGCAUUACGUCUGUCGAGGCUGUAAAGGUCAGAGGAUGCAGCUGAAGCCGUCCUGUAGCUGGUGUAAGGACUAUUCCCGCUUCGAGGAAAACCGGCAGCUCUCCUUGCUCGUCCACUGCUACAGGAAGCUCUGUCUCUACAUCACCCGCUCGCCGCUCGCCCCGCACAUAGCCAGCGCCGCCAGCGACUCGCCGGACCUCCAGGCCAUCCUCAACGAGGGCCUCACGUUGGCCGAGAGCGAGCCGGAGGCGGAGGACAUUUCGGAUUCAGUCGGCCAGUCGCAGGCGGCGUCCACCUCCGAGCCCGACGAGGGCCCGCCGACGAAGGAGCUCAAGGCGGAGGAGCCGAGCGGCGUGAGCGUGAACGGGCUGCAUGAUUGUAACGGCCUGGUCAGUUCGGACUCCCUGCAACCCGUCACCAUAGAAACAGGUGGAGGUGUUGCGAAGCAGGAGAGCUUUUCGGAGGAGAUCCCUGUGUGUGUGAGCGGGGAUGCGGGGCUUUGCGACAUCAGCACUUUCGGGGAUGACCUGAAACACGGCGGGGGGCCGUUGUUGUUAAGUGUUGAGGAGGUGCUCAGGACUCUGGAGACUGACAAUGACCCUGAACCAAACCCCCAACCGGACUGCCCCUCCUCUGUACAUCAGUCUAGUCUCAACGGGCCUCACUGCCCAUCUGACUCUUCCCGCCUCAUCCCCUCCCUCCCACCGGAGAACAGCCCUCGCCCCCUCCAACCACACACACAGCCCUCGCUUCAGCCUCCCCCUCAGCCCUCCACGGUCAUCCCCCACGUCCCCCCUCGGUACCACCGCAAGCGCUCUCGCUCGGAAAGCGACAGCGAGAAAGUGCAGCCCCUCCCCAUCUCCAGCCUCUUGCGAGGGCCUCCCCUCGGUGCCAACAGCUCCCCGCAUCACCCCAACCCCGGUGCCACAACCAAACAGGAGCCUAAGUUCCCCGCCGCCACGCCCCAUCCACACCUGGCUCCGGUGCCUAACGGCGGCCCCCCCAAGGUGGGCAAGACUGUGCUCGUCUCCAACAAGGCGUUGAAAAAGACUGUGGAGCACCAUGGGGGGCCCAAGAAGGCUUACACCAAGGCCAGGCAAGGGGCACCAAAGCCCCGUGCACAACCCCGCGACAGAGUACUCCCACACCCACAUGCGCACCCCCUGACACACCCACCCAGCCCCUCGAAGCCACUGUACAAGAAGCCCGUGGAGAAGAAGGGUUGCAAGUGUGGCCGGGCAACACAGAACCCCUCUGUGUUGACCUGCAGGGGGCAGCGCUGCCCCUGCUACUCCAACCGCAAGGCGUGUCUGGACUGUAUCUGUCGUGGCUGCCAGAACUCCUAUAUGGCCAACGGAGAGAAGAAGCUGGAGGCCUUCGCCGUGCCGGAGAAAGCCCUGGAACAGACUCGCCUCACGCUGGGCAUCAACCUCACCAGUAUCACCGCGGCGGCGCUCCGUAGCCCGACCACCAGCUCCCCCGGCAACACCCUCCUCAACGUCACCACUGCGACAGGGGCCCCCGUCACGGCCGCCUUCCUGUCGGGGACGGGACACGACAACAGGGGCUUUGACGAUUCACUGGAGAUGCGGUUUGACUGCUGAGGUCUCGCCUCCUCUCUCGUGUCCGUGGCGUUACGCACAUUCCCCACCCCUACCACCUCCACCCACCCCUUACACCCAACCUCGCAGCCCCCUCCCGCCGCCCCGCCAAGCUGGGUGUUAUCCACCCGGGGCGUGGCCAGGGACCUGCGGUGGCGGAGCCAGAACAAGGCAGCUACAGUGGUCGGGCGAUUUUAAGCGAGGGUCACUAGGAGAGUCGCCCUCCGUCCGUCGCCCGAAACUGCACCAUGCUUGCGGUCUCGCAUACAGAUGCAGCGAGAGGAAAGCGAAGAAGGAAGAGGAGAUGUAGCGUUACUGUACGUGCAGAGAUUUCAUUUCAGUGGGGAUAGAGUUUGUUUGUUUCUGUUUGUUUUCUUCUCUACUAUGGGUAAUGUGUAGAGCAUGUUGUGUAGCUACGGUGGGAGUGUUUGUGCGUGUAUGUGUGUGUGCGUGCGAGUGUGUAUGUAUGAGGGGAAGGGUUCGGUUUGGAGGUGAACGGAGACAUCAUCAUCAUCAUCAUCAUCAGAGACUGGUGUAAUUUAUAUAAAAGAAAGAACUUUUUGUACAUGGACUCAUCGGUUUCCAUCUAAGAAGACGUUUUAUGAUAUAUUUUUUAAGUUACAUUAAAAAAAAAAACGACAAACAACGGAAGCGGGUGCAGACCUGCAGUCAACCAGAAUAUUUUCACACUGGUAAAAGGUUGGAUCAUAUUUUAUAAACUCUAAAACAUUUUUUGAUACCUGUAAGAACCGGGACGUGACGGGACACCACCACCACCACCACCACCAGCCUGGUGUACGCUUCAGUUUAAACUCUGUCAGACGCCCUCACGUUAAUCUAAGAUGUUAUUAUGUACUAAAAAAAAAAAUCA